AUGCGACCAGAGAUGAAAGAGGCACUUGACAUGCUGUUGCGGGAAAAGGUGCCAAAGGGAAGUGUACUGAAAAAAGAGGCCGAGGAAGCUAUGGCCGCGAUUAUGAAUUAUCAGAUGGAAGAAGAGAAGUUUCCAGAAUAUGUGCACAAUCACCACCAGAUAGGAAUGCCGUUUAUUAGAGCAUUACAGGAACUAGGAGUGAAGAACCGUUCGUUCUUACCUUGUUUAGCUGUGAUUCAUAAGAUGAUAACUUGGAGUGCUAUAAGUUCAGAAUUCAUUCCUCAUAUUCUGGAGGGAUUUGAAAAGAACAUUGAGAACUAUCCUGAAGUGCGCUUGCGGGUUUUACAGAUGCUUUUGCCUUUAGUUCAAAAUCCAGUGCUAGUCCGAGGUAGAAACCUAAUGCAUUUGUUCAAAAUUGGAAUUUUGUUAGUUGAGACAUCGCGUAAUCAGUUGAUUAGUACGACUAAGGUGAUUAUUUUCCAUUUAGUAGCUAACGUAUUUGAACGGCCGAGUAUUCUACAAGGCCAGGCACGGGAAAUAGCUGUUCAGGACUGUAAGGAGAUUUUGGAGAUAGCCAUUGAUUGUGCGAAGAAGAACAAUCUGUUUGGAUUUGAGCUGCUCUAUACCUGUGUAUCAGAUGGUGCAGCUGGAUUCCAGCAGAAGGCGUUAGCAGAUAUGGUCGGAUUAAUGGUGGACUUUUUAGUGCCGAAAUUGGAGCAGACGAGGUUGCAGAUUGUUUCAGUAUCUUUACAGUUGUUUUUACAGAUUAUCAAGAAUAUUGUAUCUGAUGAUGGCGAGAUAGUUUCUUUGCUCUUAUCGGUCUUACGAGCUAAAGUACCGUCAGGACUAAUUGUGUUACGAGAAGAGUUUGUUUAUAAACUGCCUACUAGAGUAGCCUUUUUAUCCCUAUCUAGUAGUGCUGAACUAGCAGAUAUAAUGUUUGCACCAAGUCAGACAAUUGAUGUAACUAGUAUCACACCGAUUAAUAUGUUUUAUCUUGAUCAAAUGGCUCGGACUGAAAUUCCAGAAGAUAGUAAGCAUAUGGUCUCCUUAGCAUUCUUUCAUAUAGUUAGAGCGGCAACAGCUAUUAGCCAGUGCAGUGAUAAGAAAGAUGAACAAACUCAAAUCAUUUCCCUAUUCAUUCCCUAUUUCAUUCGGUUCCUACAGAAACUAGUUGAACUGCCGCAGAUCAAAGAAGAAGAGGUGGUUGCAAUUGAACUGAAGAAGAGUCUAGCUAUUCUUAUUCAAAUGGCCACUCAAAAGAGUCUUACAGUGAUGAACACUUUAUUGUUAGAAGGGUACCAGAUGGCCCAGAAGAAUCCAGCGGUGUUUUACAGUCUACUGGCUAACUUAACCGAUGAGCAUAAAGAGAAAGUUACCGUUUGGCCCGCAUUCUUCCUGUUAACAGCCACUGUUCAAAAGACUCAUCCUGAGCUGGGUAGUUGGGAAGAACUUAUGGGUCUACUAACUGCCUUUCAAGACGUGGACUUGCAAAGAGCGAUUGAGGGGGCGGGUAAGUCAGAGGCAUUGGCGCCAGAGAAAUAUGCGGACUUGUUUUUAUCUUUAGCCGGUCGAGGUGAUUGUUUAAAGAAAGAGUUUACUAUCUUGAUUGAACAUGUUUUUCAAAACCAACAAAUGCUUGAUAAUAUUGAUAGUAGUGUGGCCUUAAUUGCAUCCUUCUUUAGUGCUUACUUUUCCGAGAAGCGGUCAGCAACCAUGCAUAAGAUUGUACUAUCACACAUUAUGCAUGUAUUUAUGGCCGAUUACAAUAAUGAGCAUGCCCAUCCGAUUCGGCAAGAAGUUUUGAAUUCCUUAUCAAUUGGGGUAAGGUCCUCAGGCGAAACGCUUUACCAGGCCUGGACAUGUAUUUAUGAUAUUUUGAUCGCUUCCAUGCAGUCGCCGCUUUUAUCUGGUAUGGUUUUUGAUAUUAUACAAGUAGUGACCGAUCGUUUGCUUUAUGCCCUUCCAGAAGAAACACUAGUAACUACAGUACAGAUUCUGGGUAUCUGCUGUCUCACUAAAAAGGACAACAACAUCUCAUUUCGGGCGCUUCAAUGCAUCCGAGAACUAACCGAGUUUGUACUGACCAAAAAGAUCACAGCUAAAGUGAGAAAAGAUGUUUGGCAUGCCGUUAUGUGUUUGUUAUGCUCAGUUAUUUACGAUGGCCGUGAUGAUGUGCGCGACUCAGCCAUUGUCCAAUUGUUUGAGUCAAUCUAUCUCUGUAAGAAGCACGGCCAUUUGGAAUGGGCGCCCUUAGUCCAAGUCUUCCUAAGACGAGUGCUAGGAGCCGCCGUCUACACCAAAGACCGCGAAAUAUACACGGGUGAGUAUGAGGAUCCUACAAGCGAGGAGGCUGAAGAGACCGAACUCAAUAAUGAUCAGUGUCCAUGCCAGAAUCUCGGUGCCUGUGCGAUAGAAAGCUAUGAAACGGCCGAAAAAGAGUCCUACCAAAGAUCGCUAGAAAGUACCAAAGGAAUCUUACUAGCUAUCUCAGCCUUAGUUUUUGAAAACUUCAGUGAACUCAAGAAAGCUUCAGGAUUCUAUCCUCUUUGGGUUCUAUUCACUAAGAUCCUGGUUCGGUUUUCCAGAGACCCAGAAAUGGAAGUAACAGUUAUUUAUGCCCUACGCAACGGCAUUCCUUGUAUUAAUGACCCUAUCUAUAAGAAACACUUCUUUUUAACUGUCUGUGACAUCUGCACUCUAUCCGUCCAACCAAGCUCACCCUUAGAAGCCUUAAUGCAAAUGCUCAAAAUCACGUACCGAGCCAUUGAUAAAUCCGCUACACCAGAGGACAAAAAGGCCUACUUCCUUGGAAUUACUUCACUACUCGCCCAAAACUGUCCUAAUACCGGCCAAACACUUACUUUUCUUGAGUACGAAGCCAUUAGUGCCCUAGAUGAAACAGGGUCUUCCUGUACUGCCACCGUUCGAGUAGAUACUCAGCUUAAAUGGCUACGCCUCUUUAUUGUCUCCACACCUAAACUCUCCUCAUACUUUGCCAUGCACAUUAUGAAUGCCCUUUCCAAAGAACUAAUCGGUUCGCCUCUAGCCCAAACUAUUCAUCGGAAAGCCAUUUCAGUCCUUAUCAUGUUCCAGUCCCAAAAACGAACUGUACCUACUUGUUGGGCCGAAGCCAAGAAAACCCUCCAAGCAAUCUUUCAAAUAGAAGCCAAACCCAAUGCCGAAACUCAGCUAGUUUGGGCCUCCCGCGAAAUCCUCGGCCUACCCAACAAUCAACCUAAUCAACCUAAUCAAACAAACCAAACACCAACUCAACCUAAUCAAACCCCAACUCAACCUAAUCAAACACCAACUCGCAACCGCAAUAUUCUUCGGGCCCUCUCUGAUAAUCACAACUAUACCAAAGCAAUUAGAGAAGAAGAGACCGAAAUGUGCGAGUAUAUCGGUUUCUUAGAAAACAUCUCAUUAACUAUCUCAAAAUCAUACUUACUGGACCUUUACCGUCUACUAGUUGAAACCUGGUUCCAUGCCUUAGAUAACCAGUUAUUCGCUCUCUAUCUUACCAUUACACGCACACUCUGCACACUUAUUCAUGCCCGCAAAGACCUUAGCAAAGAAUCUAUUCAAUGGCUCCAAACCAUUCUCUCCCAGUACAAUAUUCAAAUCCGAACCAAGCGCACCGCCUACUCCCGCUUUCAGCGCGAAGCCAUAACUUACAUUCUCCAAGAAAUCAAGCACCAACGCCUAGGCUCUCUUUCUAUCCAACCUCUCCUCAAAGAACUAGUCCUCUGUGCCUCCUCUGAUGACACAACCAUUUCCGCCAUUUCACUCGACAUCCUUCACGACGCCCUCUCCCGCCCAGCUAAGCACACGCAUUAA